GUUUCUGAAUAAAUGCAUAAAAAGAAUAAAUUUAUAAAAAGUUGUAAAAAUAAUUUAAUUCGUCGUUUGAUUACUCUCUCUAAAGAUGACGGCUUUGAAAAAUUCAUAGGAUAACCAACAGAGCGCGUUUGAUGGCAUGUGUGUAAGCAUACGUGGUGCCCAUCCUCUAAAGAAUCCUUUCGUACCAUUACGCUCAUAAACAAUUGAGCAGGCAUCCAGUAUACCACUAGCAUUCCUCAAGCGAAGAUCUUCAACUGGGGCAUUACCACGCGUUUGUAAUACUGUUUUCGCGACAUCUAAUGGUGUCGUUAUUAACGCGGCGACUGCUCCUGCUGCUGCACCGGAGACACCAUGAGAUAUUGGUGAAUAGUUGUUUUCUGGGUUGAGUAUCUUUUUAGUUGAUUCAUAUGUAGAGAAUUGUACGGCUGUGAAUGGUACGGUCAUCAUUAAUGUAGUAGGGUAAGAUACGUAGAAGGCCGACAAUCCUUCUGUUUUCAUCAGCGUUCUUGCGCAAGAACGUACUGUCUUGAACUUUGAGUCCUCAACUUGCAUUCUUUGUUUGAUAACAUCAAAUGGAUUCAUGAGAGCAUCUGCAGCUAUGGUAGCUGAUGCACCUGCGAGUGCAGUCGGCAAUACCUGAUGGCCUUCUCUGUUACCACCCGAAAGCUCUUUCAUGGCUUCAUAUACACCAAAAUAUACUGCAUGGGCUGGUCCAGCUCCUAUUACAACUGAACUCACACCUCUCCACAACGAUCUCAAUCCAUGAGUAGAAGAAACCCUCUCUAUUGCAGAAUUCAAACUAGAGUAUGCAACAGAUGAUGCAGAUGUUGGAGCCGUCUGUAAAACUUGCAUACGAGUUUUUAUACUGUCGAUUGGAUACAUGAACGCGUGCUCAGAUAUACCAGCGAGCGCACCAGCGAAUGCGUGCACACCCCAAGAUGCAGUAUCUGGCAAUGCUUCAUAAUCUGGCUCCUCGAUGACAGGGAUGGCUUCCUCGGGAUCUGCAAUUGGCAUUCCUUUUUUUUCUGCCGGUGUAAGCUAAAGAGAAGACAGCCCUGAAGAUGCUUGUCUAGAAAAUAAAUUUACAAAAUAAGCGUUAGAAUUUAUUAUUAAAAGUGUGCGGAUGCUGUAUUAUUUCGAGUUACCAGAUUAGAUCCCUUAUAUUGCCACAAUGACCAUCGCUGCUGUUGCUCAAAUAUGUAGCCGUCAGAACGUCAAAGAUAAUGCUCUGAAGUGCGUAUCUUUAAUAAAAAGAGCUGCAGAUAAUGGCGCUAAGGCAAUAUUCCUUCCAGAAGCUAGUGACUUCAUCGCCCAGGGGGAUCUCUAUAAGACACUAUCUGAACCACUAUCUACGUCAUCUUUCUUAAACGAUAUACGUGCAGCUGCCAUAAGUUCACGCAUUUGGGUCUCACUAGGUUUACAUGAGGGUGGUGCAUCUGACGAUCGCUGUUUUAAUACUCAGGUGAUGAUUGACGAUAAGGGUGACAUUCUUUCUAGCUACAGGAAGACACAUCUCUUCGAUGUAAAAGAUGUCGGACCGGGAAACAAACCCGUACUAGAAAGCAUGUCUACCGAGCCUGGAAAGCAUAUAGAGGAACCUAUACAGACUCCCGUCGGAAUGCUCGGGAUGUUAACUUGCUAUGAUAUAAGAUUUCCAGAAGUCAGCCUGAUGUUGAGAAGUCGUGGCGCACAGGUGCUCACUUACCCAAGCAGCUUCACUGUAAAGACUGGAAAAGCUCACUGGGAAACUCUCUUACGUGCACGCGCUAUUGAGACACAAUGUUAUGUCAUCGCAGCUGCACAAGCAGGCGUUCAUACCACGGCUGGUCGCACAUCAUAUGGUAGAUCAAUGGUGGUCAGCCCGUGGGGUGAAAUAGUGACGCAGUUGAGCACAUACGAUAACAUUCCAUCUCCAUUCGAGAAAGAGCAGGAUAUGCCGGACACAUCCUCCGAAAUUGCGUACUUUGAUAUUGACUUGGAUUAUUUGAACAACGUGCGCGCUUCUAUGCCUCUCUGGCAGCAACGUAGACAAGAUGUAUAUGAUUAGGCAUACAAGCUAAGAUACUACUGACCUUGUUGUGUUACUUUGCCAGUAUCCUACGCAGUUUUAAUCGGCCGAAAUUUUUACUUUCAUAUACCUUAACAGAUUUACUUGCACUUUCGUUCUUUU